GCUUUGUUUUGAAAAUACCGGUCUGCUGUUAGUGGACGAAUAUUUAUUGAGACAGACAAGGGGAAAAUAGAUCCGCGGAUGUAUACGAAGGCUGGUCAUUUGCCUGUCGACAGGAAGUGAAGCGUGUUUUUAGUGUGACCUGUGCGGAUUACAGCAUGCCUAGUCUACUGUAGAAAGAUACAUUGAAGUUGACUAGCGAAAAUUCAAAAUAGGUAGCUAAUUCAAAAUUUGUUUGUGGGGAAUUGUGUGUUGUGCAGAAUGCGUGUGGUUUACAAACAGGCAAAUUUCUUUGGAGAGGAUAAUAUCAACAGGAACACAUGCAUCUGCUGUGUGGAAUUCUGAAUAUCCAGUCACAUGUUACUGGGUUAGGUUUUAGAAAACACGGGGACAGAUAUUUCUGGUCAACGGAGGGACGUCAGCAGACAGAGAGUGAACAAUGCCCUUACCAUUUGGAUUGAAACUAAAGAGAACACGAAGGUACACGGUCUCCAGCAAAAGCUGCCUUGUUACGCGCAUCCAGCUGCUCAACGGCGAAUUUGUUGAGUUCACACUUUCUGUGGAGAGCGUCGGUCAGGAAUGUCUGGAAGCUGUUGCUCAGAGACUAGAGCUACGAGAGGUGACAUAUUUCAGUCUCUGGUACUUCAACAAGCAAAACCAACAGAGAUGGAUUGACUUGGAAAAGCCGCUGAAAAAACAGCUGGACAAAUAUGGCUUGGAGCCCACGGUUUACUUCGGAGUAGUGUUUUAUGUGCCAAGUGUGGGCCAGUUACAGCAGGAGAUAACAAGAUACCAGUAUUACCUUCAGCUGAAGAAAGAUAUCUUGGAAGGCCGAAUACCUUGCUCCAUAGAGCAGGCCAUACGGCUGGCUGCCUUAGCUGUGCAAGCUGAUUUUGGUGACUUCAAUCGCUAUGAAUCCCAGGAAUUUCUGCAAAAGUUUGUGUUGUUUCCUAUUGGAUGGAUCCAAGAUGAAAGAGUGCUGGAAGAAGCCACUCAGAAAGUGGCCUUGCUCUAUCAGAAGUACAGAGGCCUGCCAGCCCCAGAGGCUGAAAUGCUGUACAUGCAGGAGGUGGAGAAGAUGGAAGGCUAUGGCCAGGAGAGUUAUCAAGCCAAGGACAGCCAAGGCACUGAUGUGCUCAUCGGGGCAUGUCUGGAUGGGAUCUUUGUGAAGCACAAAAACGGCAGGCCUCCCGUUAUAUUUAGGUGGAAUGACAUUAACAACAUGACUCACAAUAAGUCUUUCUUUGCUCUGGAGCUGGCGAACAAAGAAGACACCAUUCAGUUCCAGACUGAGGACAUGGAAACAUCCAAAUACGUGUGCCGGAUGUGCCUGGCCCGGCACAAGUUUUAUAAGAUAAACAAAAGCAGUCUAGAGGAGAGCGAAGCCCCGCCUUCUGAGAGCUCCCAGAAGUCUAUUCUCACUCUUUCCUUUCCUCGCUUUCCAAUGCUUUCACGUCCUUCUCUGCCUUCUAUCAAGGGCCAAACUCAGGCUGCUGCCGUCAACCCUGUGAGACGAAGAUCAUCCACCAGGCUUUCUCUGCCAAAACCUCAAGCGUACAUGAUGGGUCCCCCACAGAUGCAUUACAAUGGCCAUUACACUGAACCAUACACGUCAUCCCAAGACAACCUUUACAUGAACAAUCAGAACGGCUACUACUACCACUCGCAGACCAGCCUGGACCGCUCGCCGCACGAGUACAACGGAAGGAUCCGGAACGGCAGCGUGUACAGCGCCCAGAGCACCAGCUCGCUCAACAACCCGCAGCACUACCUGCAGCCGUCGCCCAUGUCGUCCAACCCCAGCAUCACGGGCAGCGACAUCAUGCGGGCCGACUACGUGCCCUCGCACCGCCACAGCGCGCUCAUCCCGCCCUCGUACCGCGCCACGCCCGACUACGAGACGGUGAUGCGGCAGAAGACCCGGGGCGGCCCGCCGGCCGAGCGGCAGAGCCACUCCAUGCGCAACCUGAACAUCGGCAGCUCGUACGCCUACAGCCGGCCCGACCCGCUGGUGUACAGCCAGCCCGAGAUCCGCCAGCACGGCCAGCCGGGCCACUACCCCUUCCACCUCAACUACAGCUUCCACAGCCCCUCGCCCUACCCGUACCCGGGCGAGCGCCGGCCCGUGGUGGGCGCCGUCAGCGUGCCCGAGCUCACCAACGUGCAGCUGCAGGCGCAGGAGUACCCCGCGCCCAACAUCAUGCGGACCCAGGUGUACCGGCCGCCGCCGCCCUACCCGUACCCGCGGCCCGCCAACAGCACGCCGGACCUGUCGCGCCACCUGUACGUGAGCAGCAGCAACCCGGACCUGAUCACGCGGCGCGUGCACCACUCGGUGCAGACCUUCCAGGAGGACAGCCUGCCCGUGGCGCACUCGCUGCAGGAGGUGAGCGAGCCGCUGGUCACCGCCCGCCACACGCGCAUGCAGAAGCGCAACAGCAUCGAGAUCGCCGGCCUGGCCUACGGCCUGGAGGGCGUCAAGCUGAAGGAGAGGACGGCGUCGGCCUCGGCCGCCGAGGCCCCGCCCCCCCGCGCCGCCGCCGCCGCCCCGCGCUCGGGCUCCCAGCUGGACGUCUUCCUGGAGAGGACCAAGGCGGGCGAGGAGGCGGGCGGCAGCGGGGAGGACCUGCGCUACGGGCACAAGAAGUCGCUGUCGGACGCCACCAUGCUGGUGCACAGCAGCGGCGAGGACGAGGAGCCGGAGGACGAGAGCGGGAGGCACACGCCGCGCUCCCAGGACGCCCCCGCCGAGGCCCUGCCCGCCUACCCCUACGGCCCCGCCCUGGACCCCGCCCUGGCCAGCGCCCUCACCUACCAGCCGCACCUGCUGCUCCGCGAGCAGGAGACGGACUGGGUGCUGGUGGACGGGCGGCCCCAGAGGAGGGAGGGGAACGCCAUGGCGCCCUCCGUCUCCGAGAGCAACCUGAGCGGCCCCGUCCGGCCCAGGCCCAAGAGGGACCCCAACAAGAAGAGGCCCGUUUCAGACGGGCCCCCUGGCAAGAGGAACCCGCUGGAGGGCCUCCCUCCUACAGGGGGCAUGAAGAAGGGAACGCGGCCAGACUUCAAGAAGAUGGGCCCGCUCAAGGUGGCGGCGCUCAACGGCCUGGCGCACUCCAGGAUGCCCAUGCACGACGAGGGCAAGGACGAGCCCGAGCAGGCCUCCAACGACGAGAGGUGUAAGGUCCUGGAGCAGCGGCUGGAGCAGGGCAUGGUGUUCACCGAGUACGAGCAGCUGCCCAAGCGGCGGCCCGACGGGGACUGCUCCACCGCCCUGCUCCCCGAGAGCGGCGAGAGGAACCGCUUCCUGGACGUCCUGCCCUACGACGACACGCGCGUGGAGCUGGUGCCCACCAAGGAGAACAACACGGGCUACAUCAACGCCUCGCACGUCAGGGUCACUGUGGGCGGGGAGGAGUGGAGCUACAUCGCCACCCAGGGGCCACUCAGCAACACCUGCCAGGACUUCUGGCAGAUGGUGUGGGAACAGGGCGUGGCCAUCAUCGCCAUGGUUACUGCUGAGGAGGAGGGGGGCAGGGAGAAGAGCUUCCGCUACUGGCCCCGCCUGGGCUCGCGGCACAACACGGUCACGUACGGCCGCUUCAAGAUCACCACGCGCUUCCGCACGGACUCGGGCUGCUACGCCACCACGGGCCUGAAGAUCAAGCACCUGCUGACGGGGCAGGAGCGCACCGUCUGGCACCUGCAGUACACCGACUGGCCCGACCACGGCUGCCCUGAGGACUUCAAGGGCUUCCUGGCGUACCUGGAGGAGAUCCAGUCCGUGAGGAGGCACACGAACAGCACCACAGACCCAAAGAUCAACAACCUGCCGGUUCUGGUCCACUGCAGUGCCGGAGUGGGUCGCACCGGAGUGGUGAUCCUGUCGGAAAUCAUGAUCGCUUGUUUGGAACAUAACGAGAUGCUGGACGUCCCGACGGCUCUGAACAUGCUACGGCAGCAGCGCAUGAUGAUGGUGCAGACCAUUUCACAGUACACCUUCGUUUACAAAGUGCUCAUUCAGUUCCUGAAAAACUCCAGACUCAUAUGAGCCUGUCAUUUACGCAGGCACGUUUGGCCUGAGCUGAGGACCUGAGGCGUGUGUGUGUGUGUGUGUGUGUGUGUGUGUGUGUGUGAGAGACACAGUCAGCUGUGGUCCCUGCUUCCCCGCCUGCCACCAGAUCACCUAUCCUCUGCUUGUGUGACUCUGAGACAGUGGUGGGCAACGGUGGAUCAGUGGUGCUGGUCUUUUUACAGCCAAUAGCCCACUGAAUCGUAUUAAGUAUUAGCGGAAGGAAUAGACCUGGAAGGAGAAUAAGGCCUAAAUGAAGGAACUGCAGCGCGCUAGCUAGCGAACACAUCACCAAUGUGUUACCUCUCGACAGUGUUAUAUAGAAAUUUUGCUGUGGGGUUUUACACUAAAAGCUUAUUUUACAAAUCCAUGAAAUAUCCCAGCACUUUUUCUUUGGCUGUACAUAGCAACGAAUGUUUUUAAAGCCGCUCGUAUACGAUCAAUGUGUAACACUAUCGAUCGCGGCACUGUUUUUAUUACUGGUAUUUUUGUAGAUUUCUUUUUUUCAGUUUUAGCUACGAGGAAACGCGUGAGCAAAAGUAGGUCAUCGGGGAGAAGGAAUGGAAUGGAAUGAUGAUGAAGAUAAAUGUUCGAGUGAAGAAGGGUGUGGCAGUUUCUUUCAGAAGUAUGCAGUGUGCACUGAAUCUGAGAAAUAUAGGAUAGUAACACUAAAAAAAGACUUUGGGUUUAUGUUAUCUACAUCUUUAUAUAUAUUUUCAGUUUUCUGUUUAACAGGAAGAAAUUCAAUUAUUCCUUUAAAUUAUGGGAAAUUAUUAUUGGAGCAAUACACUGAUGUCUGAAGAUAUGAAUAAAAUGUCACUGUUAUAGUUUUGGAUCUGUUCUUAGAUGACUGAUUAAGGUCAUUUAUGAUUAGACCCUAUAUUUAUUAGGUCAGAACUAAUGCCAAUCUAUAUUCAUGGUGCAGUGAAGGUGAAGUUAUACCACCAGCAAUUAAAAGUGACUCAUGAAAAAAGGAUUGUUAUGAGGAUUUAGUCACAGGUAAGCCUUUUUUAUCUGGGAUCCAAUCUCCAAUCAAUCAAGAUUUAUUGCUAUUUGUUAAAUAUGACCAUUAACAUUGAAAAAUAAGAUGUGUUUUUUUACUUAAAGAACCAAAAAUAAUGGACAUCUUGAAUAUUAGAAAGGGGCUAAAUUCAGAACUAAGUGAUAACUUCCUAGGCUGGUUUUAAAGUCCUUCAGGACGAACUGACUGUUCACUGUGUAGUGAAUUCAGCCCAAAAUACCAAACAAAAUGUAGCUUGUACAAACAUAGUAUUUUUGAUAGCCUGCUUUCAUCUUUAAAAAGACAGAUGCUACAACUCGCAUUAAGGGAAUCCAUGAUCGAACUAACAGAGUCCACUUUUUUGUAAUGGCUUUUAUGGUAUUAAAUUACACAGAGACAGCAGGUCCAUCUGUUGGUGUAGUAGGGGUAGGGAUAACUCUGGAGUCCUUUCCAUGUAUUUGCCAAAGAACUGAGCUUUUAAUCACACUUCUAUUGCCAUUGUUCAGGGAUUCAGAAAAUGUGUGCAAUGGAUUAAUGGCAAUAUAAAAUACACUUCCUUAGUGCUGCAUAUCAGUGUUUACCUUGGAAUCAAGCUAACCUUUAUCACGUCAGGUGAAAUGUGUCAUGAUUUUACCCAAUAUGGUAUCACCGCUUGUGUUUCUCUGACGCCAAAUGAUUGGUCCAGCCUUUGUUUAGUCACGGCGAUGUUUGUGCUCUGAAAGUGUAAUGGGCUGAUUGGGUUUUCAUGCUUUGUACACACAGUGCAGGGUUUCUCUCACAUAUACCCUACAUUCCAUUGUUGUCUUAUCGGUGCGUUGUUAGCAGUCCAGCAGCAUAGCUCUACACUAAACACGAGAUUAAACUAUUUAGAGGUUUUCAAAAGGAGAAAAUGUUUCCUUCCUCAUUGGCAUCACCAAAAACAGACUGCACAGAUACUUUUGAUUUACAACCGUGCAUUAGUGGAAGCAAGUUUAAAGAAGCAUCAAAUUAGUUGGAUCUGUUACGGAGUGCAAAUACCUUGUAAAUCAAAGCCAUUUUCCAACAAAAGUGCUACAGUUUUAUUGGUAGUCUUGUACAAAUAAUGUACUGAACACACUUCAACAGUGAACGGUAUGGUAUGUUUUUUUCAUUUUCAUGAAAGUGCCUUUUUUCUAGAUUUGUUUUAUGAAGGAAAUCAGACAGAAGUACUUGUUGUGGAUGACAAUCCUUUUAAAUGUUUUACGAGAGAUGUUUUGUCUCUCUUUGAUACCAUAUACACAGGGGUGCUCUAAGGUUUAAACUAACGUAAUGAGAUGCAUUUAAAUGACUCUUGUACAUAAGUGCUUUUGGCAGCGUUAAGAGCACAGUUAGGGACAGUUUGUUGGGCACAUUUUUAUAAGGUCCUGUACACGGCCACACCUGGCGCGAGUGCUCAGUGCUGGGCUUAUUUGUGCUGAGUAGGGGCUCGUCGCAGGUUAACAGCAGUGAAUGCGUGUCUGAGUCUAAUGACUCAAUUCUGCAUCUGUGACACCGUGUCCUGGACGGGACUGUCGUUCUCACUCCAGUGACACUUUUAGAUCUCCUGCUGUACGGGGAGGGACACAUCCUGCUGUUGAAAGACAGAAAUACUACAGUCACAGUAACUUGUUCCCAAAGCUACUACAAAGGGUCAGCUUCAUGACACGCUUCGCACGGCUACUAUUUCUGCAUGUUUUGUUCAAAACUACAGAGAUCUGUUUAAAAGGCUAUGGAGUCACUACUGUUCGGUUUCUGGUGAAGGAUGAACAAUGCGUUGAACCAAAACCCUGGUAGGCCCAGUGGUUUCAGUAUGUAGGCUCUGACAAGCCUCACAGUACAGAUGGCUCUGAAUGUUAAAGUGGUGAAGGAGACCAGUUUACUCCUCAGAAUGGACAUAUGAACAAUGAAGGAUAAUGGCGUCUCCUAAAAGAAACUGAAAUAAUUUAAGGUAUGUCCUGGGCAAACCAUACAGAUGGAAGGAAUUCAAAUUGUGGAUAAAAUGUACGCCAUAAAAAUGACUGAACUGGAAAAAGGCAUAGUGACGAUGAGAACUAUGAAAUAACAUAAUAAUCUGGGUCAGAAAGAAGGAAAAUGGGACUGGCAAAGCUGCUUUUGGUUUUCAUUUUACUUGCAGAUGCUGGUUAUAUUGUUUCCAAGUCUUAUAACGGUGGUUUAUCUGAGCGGUGGGGGGAACAGGGCCGGAGAACAUACAAACUGGCCCCGCCUCCUCAGGUCUGCAGAUCUGCUGUAUAUCCACUCUUACAGUGUUCUAAUCUUAUACUGUACAAUUUGUAAAAUCUCUUCAGCUUUAAAGCUUAAUGAAAAUAUUUGUAAAGCAAUGUACAAAUUGUAUCUAAUAAGCAAAAAUGUAUUCCAUUGUAAAAAAAAAAAAACUGUUUAGAGGAAUCUUUUUCUGCCAUGAAUAAAAUAUUGGAAAUUCA